UACCCCCUUUACGCAUCAACAUGGCCAGUCCGUGUCAUCACAGUCCCCGCGCGAGGCAGCUGUGGGAUUGGUGCAAAUUGUCACUGACGGUGCUCAAAAAGAAUAAAUAAUAAUAACUUGACCAACAAGUUCACAAAAUGGGAACUUUUACUAAAAUCCUACUUACUGCUUCGUGUGUCGCUUUCCUGGCUGUCAAGUGGACUGCGCCCCGUUUCGAUCCAGAGUCUCUCAGAGGUGCGAGGGUUUUGGUGACCGGGGCCAGCACGGGCAUCGGUGAACAAAUGGCCUAUCACUAUGCCAGCUUCGGGGCCCAGGUCGUGAUCACAGCGAGGAGGGAGAAAGUGUUACAGAAGGUGGCGGAGAAAUGCCUGAGUUUGGGAGCCCAGAAAGCUCUCUACAUAGCAGCAGACAUGGCCAGCGAGUCGGAGCCCGACAGAGUUGUAGAUUUCGCCGUAGAAAAGCUGGGAGGGUUGGAUUACGUGCUUCUCAACCACAUCGGGCCGAGCCCCUUCAGCAUGUGGGAGGGAGACGUGGAGCACACCAGGUGGCUGAUGAAGGUCAACUUCUUCAGCUACACUCAGAUGGCUUGGAGAGCUUUGGCUUCCCUCGAGCAAAGCAACGGAGCGCUGGUGAUCGUUUCAUCGCUGUUGGGUAAAAUGCCCAGUCCCUUCGUGGUGCCUUAUUCCUCGACAAAGUUUGCCUUGAACGGUUUCUUCGGGGCCCUUCACCACGAGCUGGUCAUGAAGAAAAGCAACGUGUCCAUCUCCAUAUGUACACUGGGGCUCAUUGAUACUGACGCAGCUAUGGACAAAGUCAGGGCCCACACCAACGUACCGGCCUACCCCUCCGCAGACGCAGCCUUGAACAUCAUCAUUACGGGAGCCACGAGACAGCCGGAGCUCUUCUACCCCUGGUUCACCCACAUUGUGACUCUGAGCAAAGACUGGUUCCCUUCCAUCACCAACUACAUCAUCCAGAACUCCUACCGCUACACCCCGUGACAAAAAACACCUUAAUUCUGUAUUUGAUAUUGUAGACAAGUGGCAAGAAAAACACCCAAAAAUACUGUAUAAGUUGCAUCUGUGGCAUUGUGCCAAAACCUAUACCAGAGUUAGC